AUGUCGAAGCAAGGUAUGGCUCUACAUCAAAGAAAGUAUGUCAAAGAGAUACUCAAGAGAUUCCUGAUGGAUGAUUCGUCUCCUGCAUCUUCACCUGUUGAACCAAACUUAAAUUUGGAGAAGCAUGGAGAGGAAGACAAAGUCGACGCAACUUUGUUCAAACAAAUUAUCGGAUCUAUGAGAUAUGUGUGUAACACUCGACCUGAUAUAGGUUUCUUAGUCGGAUUAGUGAGCAUAUACAUGAGUGAACCAAGGGUGUCACACAUGAAGGCUGCAAGAAGAAUCAUGAGAUACUUAAAGGAUCGACAAACUAUGGAAUUUUAUUUCCACAAGAUUCUGAAAGCAAAGAAGCUAAGAUUACUUGUUAUUCAUAUGUUGAUUGGUGUGAAGAUAAGGAAGAUUGAAGAAGCACACCUAGUUAUUUUUUUCAAGUAUUUGGUGCAUCGAUCUCAUGGUGUUCGAGAAAGCAACCUGUGGUGA